AUGUUUGAUUGUAAACUAUUAAUAAGUUUAGUUCAGGAACGUGAAGAAUUAUGGAAUAAAAAAUGUAAACAUUAUAAAAAUGUAAUUAUUCGAAAGAAACUGUGGAAUGAAAUAGCUACAAAAAUGCAAUCUCCAAGUGAAAUUAUUAAGCGCAAAUGGAGAAACAUGCAAGAUACGUAUACAAAAAUUUACAAAUCAUAUCAUUCAUUAGAAUCUAACUCUGAUUAUUUUAAACCACAAUGGAAAUAUUAUGAUUUGAUGUCUUUUUUAAAAGACAUGAAAAAUGUUAGUACAACGGUAUGCAAAUUAAAUAUUCAGAAAACUACUAAACCUCAAAAGCUAGAAAAACAUGAUAACAUUUCUACACCGACUGAAAUAUAUUUUAGUGACAGUAUAAAAAAUGUUGAUUUAAACAAAUCUAACAAAUCAUCUGACAGUUUUCAUGAGAUUUACCAUCAAAAACCAUCAAAUAAGGAUGAAUUUAAAAAUGAUGUGGACAUCGAUUUCCAAACCUCUGAGAGCCUUGAGCAGCAUCAUUCUAAUACUAUUACAUCAAAUAUUCAAAACAAUGAAGAUCCUGAGGAAGAUGAAAAUUUUCAUUACUUAAUGAGCCUUUUGCCUUAUUUACAAGAAGUUCCUAAACAUCGGAGAUUAUCAGUAAUGUGUAAAUUGCAAAAAGUGUUUUUGGAUGAACAGGGAGAAAAAUAUGAUUAG